CCUCCCUCUUUUCCCAUACGAGACUUUCUCAAAUCCCACCUUCCUAGCCCCUUCCCUUCUCUCGGAAAAAAAUCACAUGGACACAGUUCCCAACACGAUCACAGACUGAUCGACCUUACCUUCCUCUCAGCUUCAAACCACACGUCCAACCCCUAAAAUCUAAGCCAUCCACAUAUAUAUAUAUGUGUGUGUGUGUGUGUUUGUUCUGACUCAUUUAGUAUUCCCUCAGUUUUUUUGUUUUUGGUAAUACAUUUAGUACUUCCUCAGUUGCAAACAAAGAAUCCAAAAACCAAUAUUCCAUUCAGCUCUCUUUCAUUUUCUUAAUUUGUCUUUCGCACCGUUUUGUUUGGAAAGUUGAAAAUUAAGAUGACUAAGGCUAAGCUUGGUCUGGUCUGGUUGAUUAUUGUAGCUGGGAUUUUGGUGGUCCAAGUUAUGGGUAAUGAUGAAUCAGAAUCGAAAAAACCGGAGGUUUCAAAUAGUGGGUCGGAUCAGCCUGUUGGCAGUGUUUCGGACCACCCAUCUAGGAAUAAGGAAGAGAACACGACGGAAGUUGCUGAGGCUCCGGCAAACAGACGGUUGGGUAAGCAUCACUCCGAUGAGUCCAUGGCCGGUGGGGGUGUCAUUAUCGGUGGCCUUGUUACUGCUAUAUUUGCAGCCGUCUUUUGCUACAUUCGGGUUACCAGGAGAAGAAACGACGCCGUUCGCUGAAGUAAAACCCACCCCCACCCCCCCCGCCGCCGCGGGCGGGCGGGGCGGGGUGAAUAUUUUAGGAAUUUUUUUUUUUUUUAUGGUUUGUUUAGGAUAUAUAUGGGGGAAAAAAAUUAAUGAGUGGUUUUGAUACGAAAAAAAUUAUAUGAAGUGGUAUGAGAAAUUUGUCAAACUAGAUGUAUAGUGUGCAUAAUAUUCAUUAAAGUUAGAUUGAUUGAGAUUCUAAUGAAGUAUACACCCUUUUCUUUAA